AUGCCUGCUGAAAGAACUAGAGGAUCGAGGCGCAGUGAUGCCGAUGGCAGCCAGCUGGUGUGGACGUUGCCUAUGAUCGAGCCGGCGCCUGCCACUGGAAUUACAUUCGCUACCAACAUCACUCCCGGUACCUUCAAUGACCCGCCGCCUCUCGUUGAUGCACCCCCCUUCCACUACGGCGAGGCAAUCCUCUUCCCGCCCCCCGAUGAGGCCAAUGCUGCUCGUCGCUCUGGACAUACCAAGAAGAAACCAGAGAACCACAUCCCCCGACCUCCCAACGCGUUCAUCCUCUUCCGAUCCUCCUUCAUCAAGUCCCAGCACGUCUCGACAGAGGUCGAGACCAACCACAGCACCCUUUCCAAGAUUAUCGGCCUCACCUGGCAAAACUUGCCCGAUGAGGAGCGCCAGGUCUGGCACGCAAAGGCAAAGGCUGCUCUUGAUGAGCACAAGCGCAAGUUCCCUCAGUACACGUUUAAACCGUUACAUAGUAAGUCUAAAGGGGGGACAGAGAAACGGAAAGUGCGAGAAGUGGGGCCGAAGGACCUGAAGCGGUGUGCAAAGAUAGCGGAAUUACUCGUUGAGGGCAAGAAAGGACACGAACUCGACGUCGCCAUCCAGGAAUUUGAUAAAACCCACGUCCCGGAGGUCAUCACAAGGUUCGAAGCCCCCAUUACCGCGAAGGCCUACCGACGCUCGAGUUCUGCACCAAUCCCAGAGAGCGCGGAACCCCAGCCAUUCCUUUCUUCCUCGCCAGCGCUCAAACGCAAGAGUAGGGCUGCGAGCACCCAGCCUAGCCGAAACCCAUCUCCUUCGCCUGUGUCGUCUGUACAGACACCGAGUUUGCAGGCCGCCACCAUCACCCAACCCUGCAAUUCCGCACAGUUCUUUGGCGAAGAGAGUUUCGGAUCGUUUGGUUUCCCUCCAAGGGAAGACUCUCCCUUCGACUUCAACACUUUCUCAUUCGACAAUACUUCCUCGCCGUCGCCGGCGUUUGAAUGCGAUCCGCUGGCUCCUCCUCCCUGCAGUGCGCCCGCCGGACUUCACAUGUUCACACUUCCCCCACUUGACAACUCACCGGCGUCUACGGGCUCUAGCAGCAAAGGGAGAGGCCUUUCGAUCGACAUGUCCUUCCUAUCGUCAAGCUUGGUUUCUACACCCAGCUGCCCUUCCCCCUCAUUCUCCGCAUCCUCGAAUGAGUGCAGCACCCCUGGCACGCCAUCAUUUGACCGCGGUUCUCCUGUCUACAUGCCUAGUACGCCCCACUACUCCGGGAAUACCCAUCUCAACCUCGCUAUGUUCGACCCGCCGAAGCUCUCCCAGUCUUUUGACGAGCAAUCGCUGACCAAAUCUCUGGAGGCAUUCCACGAGUACCAACAGACCGGCGCCCCCUUCUUCGAGCAAUGCAAUCCCACAUACGGCUACGACCAGGUAAUCAACUUCGGGUAUACAUCAUUCGACAGCGUACCGCAAUAUACCGUCUGA